AUGGUUUUAAUUGAUCAAAACAAAUCUUCAAACAACGAAAAAACCACCAAUAAUAGAAAUGUUUUUUCAUUUGGAACUGCAUCAACCAACUCUCCAUUCACAUUCGGAAGAAUGAACAGCAAUAGCAAUGAAACCAGUGUAAAUGACUCCUCUGAUUCUGGAUUGCUUUCUGCUACAAGCAACAAAGAUCUAACAACAACAAGUGCUGCUGUAACAAAUAUAACGAAUUUGGUUGGAUCAACAGCCACAAUAACAACUCAAUCAAAAGAAAAUGCUCAGUCUACUUAUCCCACCUUUAAGGCUACUACGGAAGGAAGUGACUUCUCAGAACGAUUUAUUUAUCAUUCUUUAAGCAAAAUGGAGGCUUUCAAAAACAUGUCUUUCGAAGAAUGCAGAUGGAAUUAUAUGAGUGGAAAACCAUUCACAAACACCGCUGGCACAAUUUCUCCCGAUAUCCAAAAAGAAUUGCAACAACUAACCCAUGAAAGACAAGUGUUAGCCCCUUUUAUAUUAGCAAUUCCCACGACCUUGAAGAUGUUGGAUGACAGGAUAAACCAAAUCAAGUCACAACAACAAACCCAACUGACUUCGUCAAACAAGAGCAUUGAAAAAACAUCUUUACCAUCUACUUCAUCAUUGCAAGCCAAACAACCAAGAACAGAUUCGUCUAAGGGAAAGUUUUCGUUCGCAGGCAACUCCACAAACUCACAAGCACUCUCAUCAUCAGGAUUUUCCUUUGGAUGUUCAUCGUCAUCGAUUGUCCAACAUAUUUAA